UGUGUGAGGAGGAGGAGGGGUUGGAAUAUUAAUGUUCCUUGUGAGUUGAGAGACUAGAUUCCAAAACAAAACCCAUAAAGAACGAAAGUCUUGUUGAUUGAUUCCAUUAAAACACAGAGAGAUGGGAGAUCUGAUCGCAUGGCUGUUAUCCUUCUUCAUCCUCAUAGCAGUCUUAGCCCUUGUUCUUUAUCAGUUAAUGUGCUUUUUGGAUUUAGAGACUGAUUACAUCAACCCGUAUGAGUUAGCAACCAAAAUAAACAGCAUUACAUUGCCAGAGUUUAUCACUCAAGGAGUAUUGUGCUUUUUACAUCUCGUCACACGGCAUUGGUUCAUGUUUUUGUUGUGCCUGCCAUAUUUAUGUUAUAAUGUGAACCUGUACAUUCAUAAACGCCAUCUAGUUUAUGCAACUGAAGUGUUCGGUGAGCUGUCAAGGGAAAAGAAACAGCGAAUAUUCAAACUUGUUUAUCUUGCUUUCCUUCUCUUUUUUUCAAUAUUUUGGAUGAUUUGGAGUAUCGUGGAUAUGGAUUAAGAAGACGACGCUCCUCAUUGAGUAAUACAACUGAACAGUCGCCGUUGAUGAAGGCUUUCUAAUUUGGACGAGUUUAACAUGAACCUAGUCGAUCAUAUUUAGUUUUGAACAACUAUAUUGUGUACAGGUAUCUGUAUAUUUAAUAUUUUACUAGAUUAUGGGCUGUAAUUUGCUCCCUUUUAUGUUGGAUAGUAAGUUUUUAUUUUAUAUAAAAAAAAAAUUCAUCAGUGAUA